AUGGAGGGAUACAGUUGGAAGAAAGACAAACUUUACCCAGAUCUUGCAUAUAUUAGCAACACUCCCAUCUCACCCAUAAAGUGUUCCCAUCAAUGCACUGGUUUCAGUGAAAGGCACACCUCUUCAAGAUCAGAAGAUGAUACGAAUGAUUGCCACUGCCCGUAUAGUCAUGCCAAAAGCAAUGGUCAGAUUGUCAGCUGGCAGAGUAAAGUUUUCAAUGCCAGAGCAGCCAUUGUGCUUUCUUGCCGGUGCAAAUUCGAUAUUCACUCGGUGCUUGGUCUGAUUCCCAAAGCUCCCAGUUUCUCUGAGGAACCAGCAAAGGCAUACAAGGAGAGUGUUGGUCUGUAG